CAGAAAACUAUCUGCAUUCUGGAAAAUAUACGUGAAGGUUUGGAUGUAAACACGAGAGGACUGAGGCUGCUCUGCGCUCUCUUUCUGGACUCGAGGCACUUUGGAUAAAAGCUGGCGCAAAACACGUCAGAUUUCACGUUUCUUAUCAGUCCCUGAGUGGACAGGUGAUGAAGUAUCAGAGGGAAACUAAUAUUGAGAGGAAGUGUUUUGUUUUCUGCAAGAAGGUUACAAAGGGGCGCAUCUCUUAUUUUCUCUCCAGUUACUUCGGCCACCGACUCCAAAGUGAGAAACGGACACCCUCCCUCCUCCCCCUUCCUAAAAUCGGUCCCUCUGUUCUCAACUUCAUUUCUGAGGGGUGAAGAAAUUGAGCUCGCAACUGUUCUUCUUCAUCAUCCACUCGGUUUGGAGGAUAAUUCAAAGGAAGCGGCGCGCGAGGGUUUGCGCGCUUCCAAAAGUCUGCACAAAUGGACUUUGGUGGAUUUAGGUAGUGAGCUACAGCGCAUCCAGCAAGAAGAGGCAGGUUGACGCACUAGAGAGAGAAAAGUAAAACAAAAGGACACAGAAAAGAGGAGUGUAUCACCGAGAAGAGUGGAGGACGCGCGCGUUCUUUUAUUCCUUAAGUCGUCUUUUGAGGUUUGGAUGAGUACACAAGAAGAGGAAAGAGGAGAGACUUUUCUUUACAUCCCUUCAUUUUGUUUCAUUGACUGCUGCCUGAAUAUAGACUGAUUGCUUUAAUUGAUUAGCGGAUUGAUUGGUCAGUCGGACAUUAUCACCCGACAAACUUGGACUUGGAUUUAAAACCGACAAGUGAACCCUGCACUGCAGGUCCUUUGUCUCUCUUCAGCCCGAAACGUUUCUUCAACAGUCCUGGAUUGAUUUAUAGAUCAAUCAAUAUAUUGACGACGCCAACCUUUAAAGUGGAACCUUGGUGAUUGACCAGCUCAUCAUUAGGUCUCGGUUCUCAGCCCAUUACUCUUCAUUUGAGCAAGUAAAACAAAUAAUCCAGCUGUAAAUCAAACAUAAAGCUUAUCUACUGCACAUGUUUAAAUACCUUUAAAUAUCACCACCUGCGGACUUCUACAUCACCUGACACAGCAAAGUUAGACGUUGUAAGAAUGGGUAUAAAGUAAUAAGUGUUGGAUGAAUUUAACAGGGUUUUUUCAGUACUUGAGCGUCGCGCAAGAGCUUCGCGGGAUUCCAGUUUGGAGAUUGGAAGUUAUUUUUGGAUGCGCAAAGUAGAGCGACUCUUUCACACCAGUGCCCGGACAGAGGCAGAGACAGACUGAACACUAAGGUUCACCUACUUGUCUCUGCCUUAACAUCUCGUCCUGAAAGAAACGAGUGGGAUAGACAGAAGGCGGAGGAGAGAGAGGAAGAAAAAGAGGAGAUGAUGCGUAACUGCGGUUAACUGGAGCAGACUUUAGCCGUGUAACCACUUGGAGAAGGAGAGAUAGAAGAGGAGAGGCUUGUGUUUUUUUUGUUUGCAGCCAGAAAGGGCUGCUCAUUAAAGGUUACAGGGAGGAAACGACCUCCUUCAUCAGAUUGUUAAUCCGUCUUCCACCCACUCACUUUUUGAAGAGGAGUAAUUCAGCAGCGCUGGUCGUGUUGGUGGCAGAGGAGAGAGCCCGAGGCGGGAUUAUUUCAGCAUUUUCCUCUGGUCAAGAUUGUGGCAUCAGCGCAGGGAUUACUUUCUCCAAAAACACCAGGUGCCAAUUGAGAACAUAGAGAUGAAGACCAUACCACUCUUCUUCUUCCUCUUCCUGCUCUUCCUCCUCGCUCCAGGAGCCUGUGACGAUGUCAAGUACAUCUCCAAGAGAAACUCAGUGGAUGGGUGUAUUGACUGGUCAGUGGAUCUGAAGCAGUAUCAUGUCCUGGCAGGUGAACCUGUUCGGGUCAAAUGUGCCUUGUUCUAUAGUUACAUCAGAACCAACUACACUAUGGCCACCAACGCCAAGCUGCGCCUCAUCUGGUACAAGAACAAAGGAGAUGCAGAGGAGCCAAUCAUUUUCUCAGGCCACAGGCUGAGUAAAGAAGACGACUCCAUCUGGUUCAGAUCUGCUGAAAUGGAAGACAAUGGAUACUACACCUGUGUACUGAGGAACUCAACUUACUGCAUGAAAGUGUCCAUGUCCAUGACGGUGGAGGAGAGUGAUGAGGGCAAAUGCUUCAGCAGCAAAAUCCGCCAUCUGGAGAAAGCUGAGAUAACUCACAGCAAAAUGAUCAUGUGUCCUGAUAUAGAAGACUAUAUGGCUCCAUACAAACAGCCACAGAUGACCUGGUAUAAGGAGUGUGAGCGUGUUGAAUGGAGAAGUUCCAUCAUGGUGAACACCACACAUCUCUGGAUACCUGAGGUGGAGGAGGGCGACGGAGGAAACUACACCUGUGAGUUGCAGUAUGGAUCGAGAGUGGUGCGGCGGACUACCCAGCUCAAAGUGACAGCACUCCAAACCACUCAGCCUCCCAAGGUCCUUUUCCCCCCGGAGAGGCAAGACACGGUAAUAGAAAUCACACCUGGUAUGCCCCUCAGUUUGGACUGUAAGGCUUUCUUUGGCUAUAGCGGGGAAAACAGAAGGCCCAUCAUCUACUGGAUGAAAGGGGAGAAGUUUGUUGAAGAACUAGCAGGACACAUUAAAGAAAGUGAAGUCAGGAUCUUGAGGGAGCAUUUGGGGGAGAAGGAAGUGCAGCUAUCUUUAACGUUUGAUGCUGUGGAGGAGGCAGACCUGGCCAACUACACCUGUUAUGUGGAGAACCAUAUAGGGAGGCGCAGUGGGAGUGCUAUACUACAGAAGAAAGACAUGUAUCGCCUGGAGCUGGCUGGUGGUCUCGGCGUCAUAUUGCUGCUGCUGGGCAUCCUGACGGCACUUUAUAAAUGCUACAACCUGGAGAUCAUGCUCUGCUACAGGAGACACUUUGGAAGUGAUGAAACUGAGGAUGAUAAUAAGGAAUAUGACGCCUACCUGUCCUACACCAAAGUGGACCUGGACUCUCUGGGCAGGUCGAGCAGCGAUGAGGAAACGUUAGCUUUGGAGAUCCUGCCAGAUGUUCUGGAGAAACAUUACGGCUACAAGCUGUUUCUACCAGACAGAGAUCUAAUACCCAGCAGUACCUAUAUCGAGGACUUGGCUCGCAGCGUUGAGCAGAGCAGACGUCUCAUCAUCGUUUUGACUCCCGAGUUUGUCGCCAAAAGAGGGUGGAGUAUCUUCCAGAUAGAGACACGCCUCCAUUCUAUGCUGGUUACUGGUGAAAUCAAGGUGAUCAUGAUAGAGUGUGCCGACCUGAAGAAUGUCAUCAACUACCAGGAGGUUGAGGCACUUAAACACACAAUCAAGGUUUUAUCCAUCAUCAAGUGGAGGGGACCUAAGAGCAAUGAGCUCUCCUCGAAGUUUUGGAAACAGGUGGUCUACGAAAUGCCUGCUAAACGCAGAGAGACACUUUCCAGACGCCAGGUGAUGGAUUCUGGAGAACAGGGCCUCUUUGGUGACCUACAGACCACUGUCUCCACAAUUGCCAUGACAACCACCUCUGCCUCUCUGGUGCCACCCAACGACAGUCGCCAUGGACAUCAUCAGGUUUCCUUAGCGACAGAGAUUCCGGACUACAACCAGAUGACCUUGCCACUGGGCGGAGGUCAAAUGAGGCAUUUCUGCCGCAGUUACGAGUUCCAGCUUCCCCCACAGCCUUCACCACCUCUCCCGCCUCCUCCCACCAUGCAGUUCUCCACUCUGGGACCUGGGGGGCGCCACGUCUACUGCAACAUCCCUAUGACACUGCUGAAUGGACAGGGGUUCAGAGCAGCUCACUGGGGAACAAGAGGUUUCUCAGAGCAGUACACUUGGGAAAAAGCCAGAGCUUCACCUAAACAGCACCUUCGUACCUCUCACCAGCAGAGAACUAAGCUCUGACAUCUGGUAGAUGUGCUCAACUAGUACUGGAUGCAGACUGGUUUACAGACUGCUUUUUCACUGGCUUCUGGACUUGACUUGGUCUACUGGUUUUCAUCUGUUUUUUGGACCUUGUACAGACUUGGUGUUGGGAGAAAGCGGUUGUGAACAGGUGGAGAACUCAUCUUGGAGCAUUUCAUCCAACGUUGUGAGCAAAAGACUUCUGAAAUGACAUCAGGACACACAGCUCACAGCGGUUGGAUGUAAUGGCUGCAGAUUCUGUACCAGUGGACGGAUUCAGAUGGUAAACCGGUUUGAACUGGCAACAAACUGAUACAAACUGGUGUGUAUGAUGUGUAGCCAUGAUGGACAGAAAGGAUAUCUAAGACACAAUGCCAUCGGUGGAAUAUAGGUGUAGGCAGAUAUGGAUAUUCUGUGAACUGGAAAAGAUCCAGGAUACAGCAGUCAGGACUACGGAUUCACAGGCAAUAGAACUCUACUAUGACGUGGGACUCUAGGAACUACCACGUUGGACCUCGGAGCACAAAAAGGGAAGCCAACUGCGGUUACCGUCCACACACACACACACGCACACCAGGUGUGGAAACCAGUUGAUUUAUCAACUGUUUAACUACUUGGAAAUAUCUGUCAAAUGAAAAGCAAACCCGUGACUUGAAUAGCAGUAAGUCUUCUACCUAGCUGAGAUCUCUGAAUAAUGAUCUACCUGUUGACUUGGUUCAGGUCUACCUUAAUACAAGUCAACCUCUUGAAAUACAAGUCCAUGCUAGCUAGCUACGUAGCUACCUGGUUUGGCCCUCAGAAGCUGAGAUGGUUGAGUUUCUGAAACGGUUGAGGGGACGAAACCCCGACAAGAAUAUCACAGUAAAGCAACGGCGAAAGCUUGCUUUACUGAGAAAGUACAGUUAGUGGAAGGCAGCUAGUUAUGAACUCGUUGAAUAAGGCUACUUAGUUGGUGAACUAAGAGGAAGAAUACCAGCCAGUUUACCACCUUGUAUCCCAGUUAACAGCAACUGGUCCUUACAUCGAGGGACGAACUGUCCCAGAGGUGAUCUACCAACUUUGACCGCCGAGCUAAAGGCUUAAUGGACUUGGCUUUUUCUAUUUGCAUGACCACCCAUUUAGAUAAAAAAUAAUCAAAUUAACAUAGAUAAAAGAGUGAAUGACACAGUCAUUUGUCACAGCCUCUUUAAUAUGGAGGAGAAUAAACGUCUUAUGUUGGUAUAUUUGUUUUCUGUCUGACCAUGCGGUAAUGAUAAAAACAGAUAAAGGGAAAAAAGGAGGUGUACCUCCAGAAGCAUUUUAUUAUUUAUUUGGUUUGGUUUUAUUUCAAAUGUUCUGUCCUUUUAGAACGUUGUUGAGAAUUUUUUUUAACCAGGCUUUGUUUUUAAUAUCUGUUUGUUAUAAUAAUCUCUGUACAGUUGCCAUAAGUUAUGCAUAGACCUAUACAUGGCGGUGAUAAUGUGUCCUGCAUUUUGUUAACACUCACCAAGUUUGUGACGCAGAGCCUCGUUUUGGUUUCAUGCAUUCUUCUUAUCUUUUUAUGGCUGGACGUAUUUUCAUGACAGUGCAACAAUACGAUGGGACUGAUGUUUUUACACCCGUCACUCUGGAGUCCAGACCACCAGCGGUCAUGAGCUGAAUCAGACCACAUUCUUCUUUGUGAGCUUUAAAAAAACAAUGAUACAAGUUUAUUACCAUAAUAUUUAAGCAAAGUGAACAAAUGUUUUGAAUUUACAAAAAGGUACUGUCACUGUCUUAUUAGAAACCAAUGAAUUCUGGAUAUUUGAGGUUGUUUGAUACAAUAAUUAAUUAAUUAUUUGAGUUGUUAUAUUCAAUGGCAAUAUACAGUAUAGUGGUUGUCUUUUGAUUUCUGCUCAUUUCUUUGACUAUUCAUUGGAUAUAUUGGUUGACAUAAUUUAACAGAGAGUAAAUAAAAGUAUAUGAGUUGUUUUA